AUGCUGUGGGUAAAUAAGGAUGUGGAAGCGGAGCAAGUGCCGAUCGAGUCGCCGGACCUGACCGCAGCGGUCAUCCGCCUCCCGGAGCGCCUGAUAUUUAUGGCAUCGGUCUACGUAGAGGGCGGAGAUGCCGUAGCGUUGGACGACGCAUGUGAUCGCCUCAGAAAAGCAAUCAGUAAGGUACGGCAAGACGCGGGAACGGUGGUGGAGAUCAUGAUCGUGGGAGACUUUAACCGCCACGAUCAGCUCUGGGGAGGAGACGAAGUGUCUUUGACAAGACAGGGAGAGGCGGAUCCAAUCAUCGACCUCAUGAACGAAUUUUCUCUUAGCAGCCUACUCAAACGAGGCACCAAGACAUGGCACGGCGGAGGACAGAAUGGGGACUGCGAGUCCACGAUCGACCUCGUCCUGGCCUCAGAAAACUUGACACAAUCUAUGGUCAAAUGUGCGAUACAUGGGACAGAGCACGGCUCGGACCACUGCGCCAUUGACACCGUUUUUGACGCCCCGUGGCCGGCUCCACAACAUCCAGAGCGACUUUUGCUGAAAAAUGCGCCAUGGAAGGAAAUCAAUGCCCGGAUUGCGACGGCGCUCGCCGCCACCCCGUCGGAAGGCACGGUGCAGCAGAAAACCGACCGACUCAUGUCUGUGGUGUCGGAGGCGGUGCAUGCUUUGACGCCGAGGGCCAAACCGUCGCCACACGCAAAGCGAUGGUGGACGGCGGACCUAACACAACUCCGCCAGAUAUACACAUAUUGGAGAAACCACGCCCGCUCGGAGCGACGGGCAGGGCGAAAGGUGCCGCAUCUGGAGAACAUGGCCGCGAGUGCAGCGAAACAAUACCACGAUGCAAUACGGAAACAAAAGAAGAAGCACUGGAAUGAGUUUCUGGCCGACAACGAUAAUAUAUGGGAAGCCGCGAAAUACCUAAAGUCGGGAGAUGAUGCAGCAUUCGGGAAGGUCCCACAGCUCCUCAGGGCGGAUGGAACUAUGACCGCCGAUCACAAAGAGCAAGCGGAGGAACUGCUGACCAAAUUCUUCCCGCCACUGCCGGACAGAAUUGACGAUGAAGGGACCAGGCCGCAGAGAGCGCCCGUGGAGAUGUCUGCCAUCACUAUGGAAGAGGUCGAACGGCAGCUGUUGGCGACAAAGUCUUGGAAAGCACCAGGUGAAGAUGGCCUACCAGCGAUAGUGUGGAAGAUGACGUGGCCCGUGGUCAAACACGGGGUCCUGGAGCUGUUCCAAGCGUCGCUGGAUGAAGGCACAUUGCCCAAGCAGUGGAGACAUGCGAAGAUCAUACCGCUCAAAAAACCGAACAAAGAGAACUAUACGAUUGCGAAGGCCUGGAGGCCGAUUUCACUCCUCGCGACACUGGGCAAGGUGCUGGAAUCAGUCAUCGCAGAAAGAAUCUCACACGCGGUGGAAACCUACGGCCUACUUCCGACUAGCCACUUUGGGGCUCCGAUCAACGGCAUCCAAAUCCCAAUAGCCUUCAGAAGGCCUCAGAUGUGGGUGCUGUAA